CCUCUCUCUCUCUCUCCUCUCUCUCUCUCUCCCCGCAAAUCACCGGGACAGGGGACGCACUGUGUCGCCGAUUUCCCCCCAAAGCAAAGCCCUAACUUUCUCUCUCUAAAAUUCUCCCCCCUUUCUCUUUCUUAAUCUUCCCAAUCGCUAUUCCCUCAAUUUUAUGCUUCAAUUUCACUCUCUGAUUGUUUUGUUGCCACCUUUUAAGCAGCACCUCUAAGCCCCAUAUUCAUACACACACACACAGAGACACAUAAACGCACACUUUAACAGUCUAUUUCAGGCUAAAAAACCAAUUUUACUCAGGGACUUAUACUAUAGCUGAAGCUGACCCCAAUUCUUCAGAUUCAGUGGUGUAUGUGUUUAUCUUCGCGGAAAAGUUUGGAGAUUAUAGCAAGGAUGGUUUGAGCAGUUAUUGAGGUAGUGGCCAUGGGGAGCAGUGAUAUUGACAAAUCCUCGAAGGAGGCAAAGGAGUCAAAGGAGGCGGAGCAGGCUUCAUCAACUGCCACUGGUACAGUAAAUCCGGAAUGGUCCGGCUUUCAGGGAUAUUCUCCAAUGCCUCCACAUGGAUUCUUGGCGUCAGGUUCUCAAGCACACCCUUACAUGUGGGGAGUUCAGCAUCUUAUGCCACCCUAUGGUACUCCACCGCAUCCUUAUGUUGCAAUGUAUCCCCAUGGUGGAAUAUAUGCUCAUCCAUCUAUUCCUCCGGGAUCUUACCCCUUCAGCCCCUUUGCGAUGCCUUCUCCAAACGGCGUUGCUGAAGCUGCAGUUAACACCUCUGGCAAUGCUGAAGUAGAUGGUAAAUCAUCUGAGGGAAAGGAGAAACUGCCUAUUAAAAGAUCUAAGGGAAGCUUGGGUAGUUUGAAUAUGAUUACAGGAAAGAAUAAUCAACCUGGUAAAACGUCUGGAGCAUCUGCAAACGGAGCCUAUUCUAAAAGUGCCGAGAGUGGAAGUGAAGGCUCAAGCGAAGGGAGUGAUGCAAAUUCUCAAAAUGAGUCACCAAUGAAGUCAGCAGGCAGGCAAGAUUCAGGUUCUGGUGCUGAAGCAUCUCGAAAUGGCAAUUCUGCUCAUAGUUCUCAAAAUGGAGGAACUAGUGCUUCCCAUUCAUUGAUCAACCAAACUAUGCCAAUCAUGCCAAUGUCAGCUGCUGGAGGUAUUCCUGGUCCCACAACCAACUUGAAUAUUGGUAUGGACUACUGGAGUGCUGCCGCUUCACCGAGUAUACCUGCAAUUCAUGGAAAGUUACCGUCUGCUUCAGUUGCUGGAGGAAUGGUUACUGCUGGAUCAAGGGAUAUUGUCCAAUCACAAAUGUGGAUUCAGGAUGAAAGGGAGCUUAAGAGGCAGAGAAGAAAGCAGUCCAACAGGGAAUCUGCGCGUAGGUCUAGGUUACGCAAGCAGGCAGAGUGUGAUGAACUAGCACAGCGUGCUGAAGCUCUAAAGGAAGAAAAUGCCUCUCUUAGAGCAGAACUGAAUCGUCUGAGGAGUGAGCAUGACCAACUUGCUGCUCAGAAUGCUUCUCUUAAGGAGAGACUUGGUGAAGUUCCAGGGCGAGAAGAUCCGAGACCUAGUAGAAAUGACGUACAUCUAGGCAAAGAUACCCAGCAUUCAUCACAAACAGAGCCCACACAGGGUGGUCAAUGAAGUUCUCGCUACAUUAUUGUGGAUUGGAUAUUAGGGCUUAACCUAACAAAUAGUAGCUGAAGUCUAUAAUUUGCAUAUCAUGUAGUUUAAAAUCUGUGAAAUCUGAGCUUGUUAGUGUCAGGAUUUGUUGUCCAAUAUUGUCCAUUGUUUCUCAGUUGGACCAAUCUUUUAUGGUCGAGGAACUGGAUAACAUGUAGAUUAUGUGAUCAUUGGUGCAGGUUAGUUCUGUGCCAAAUAGGUGGUGUUUCUAUUUGCUCAAAUUUUUAUGUACUGAAGUGGUUGAAUGAAUUUGCUCGUCUUAGAAGAAAUGCUCUAAGCACAAAUAAAUAUGCAAUGUGACUGUAUUA